AUGGCUCAUCAACGUCAGAUUGACCAAAUGAGACAAGAUUCUGACAUACGGCAUAGGCAAAUAUUGGAUACAAUGGAACAAGCGAGAAAGGCUCAAGAGAGACGAGAAGAGGAUUUAAGAAGAGAACUUGAUUUAAUGCGACAAAAAGAAGAAAUGCGGCAAAAAAAGGAAAAAGAGCGUCGAAAAAAAGAAAAAGAAGAAAAAGAGCGUCUAGAAAACGAGCGCCAAGAAAGAGAGCGUCAAGAAAAUAGAAAAAUCUCCAUUGAGCUCAAAUUACCUCCACCUACAUUAAUGAUAUUUUCUUUAAAUAUUCCUCAUUUCAAAAUGGUUUCAAUUCGCAGAAAUGAAAAGGUUAAAGCGCUUGAAAAUUAUGUUGAUUUUGCACCUCUUGUUUCUUUCUAUAAGGAUGGUACUACACACAUGGGAAAAGAAAAUAAGAUUUCUACUUAUUUUACCGAUAACGAAAUGUCUUCUCAAGUCAAAAUUACUGCUCGUCUUUCGUCACCAAUACCUCUUAUACCUCCUUAUCUAUAUUCGUAA